GAAGGUGCAGGAGGCCUCGCCGGAAGGGCAGGUGGGAGGCCGGAAGGAAGAAGGCAGGUAGGCUGGCGGAGGGAGAGGCCUGGCUCGGCGCGCCUCCAGGCUGUUGUUUUUUCCUCCUCCUUCGGAGAAGCGACGCGGUCUCCGGGCUGAGGGAGCAGAAGUUGCAUACUGAAGAAGUGGGUUUUCAUGAUAACAUGUCCAAUGUUUCUGUGGAUAGAAGCACCAGACUGCAGGAGAUUAAGGAAGGGCUGCAGUUUAUACAGUCUACUUUGCCCUACCCAGGGACACAAGAACAAUAUGAGGUAUUCAUACGAGACCUUGUUAAAAACCUAUUUAAUGAAGGGAACGAUGCAUAUCGAGAUGGUGACUGGGAAGGAUCACUGAACCUCUACUCAGAAGCUUUAAAUAUAGCAGAUUAUGCCAAUUCUGAAGGAAUCCAUAUUGCUGAUGAAAUAUUAGAGAAACUGCAUGUUAACCGUAUAGCAUGUUAUUCACAAAAGGGAUUGCAUGAUAGAGUUCUAGAAGAUUGUGGGAUAAUUUUAAAACUGAAUGAAAACAAUUUCAGAGCACUCUACCGGAAAUCCAAAGCCUUAAAAGAACUGGGAAGAUACAGGGAGGCUUACGAUGCUGUUGCAAAAUGUUCCCUCUCAGUGCCGCAGGAUGAAAGUGUAAUAAAAUUAACUCAAGAACUUGCUCAGCAACUAGGAUUAAAAAUAAGAAAACCCUACGUUAGGGCAAAACCUUCCUCAAACUCUGUUUCUGGAGAAGUAUCAAAUAAGAGUUCAAACACGUCUAUAGAAGACAUCGAAUCAGAUUUUUCCAAUUGGAAGGAAAAGAUCCUUUCUUCCUCCUCCUCUUCCUCCUCUUCCAGUUUUACUCCUGAAGUGUCCGGUGACCUGGUUCCAUUACCGAUGGCAUCUCUGAUGGCCCUUCCGACAGAGAAGAGUUCUCUUUCUUCUGCCUCCCUGGCCAAUGGAGGAACCGUCUCUUUUUUAGAUUGGGGGGACGGAGAUGUUAUUGGAGACGAUAUAGAUGAAAUCCUGGAUUCGGUUUCUGAUCCUGGUGAAAGUGUCAUGCCGAGCACGGUCGUCAGAGGAGCCCUCCCAACGGCUACCAUUGCUCCCAGCAUCCCUUUCUCUACUCCGUUGUCGGUUGGGGCUGGAUAUGUCCCUGCAGCCUCUUUCCCUGAAAUGUAUUCCCAGCCCUUGGUUUCUGCCCUGGACUUCUGUUCCUCUUUAAGCACUUUCUCAAUCAGUGAUUCUAAAAGAGAUAUCUCCAAUUCAAUUUCUAGAGAUGUCACAUCGGCGCUGAAUUGUAGUUCUCCUCUUUCAAUUAUGAAUGGGCCUACAGGUUUGUUUGGGUCUGAAAACUACAUGGGGAUUUCAAGUCCUGCUCGAAGUGAAUAUUCAGGCAUGUUUGGCAGUGGGCCUGCUGCCAUCCCCAUAGGAGCUGCCCCAUCCUUAGUUGCAAGAAACCCACUAGAGAGCACACAUGAGCUAAAACAAGCCUGCCAGCUGUGUUUCAUCAAAACAGGUCCUAAAUUAUUGGAUUAUACUUACCAUCCCAGUCUAGAACACAAGUGUAAGAAGGAUAUUUUAAUAGGUAGAAUAAAGUCCUCUGAAGAUAAAUCAUGGAAAAAAAUACGGCCAAGGCCAACAAAAACACAGUAUGUGGGACCAUAUUAUAUAUGCAAAGACGUUGCUGCUGGAGAGGAGUGUAGAUACCCAGGCCACUGCACCUUUGCCUAUUGCCAAGAGGAGAUAGACGUGUGGACUUUGGAGCGCAAAGGGGCUUUCAGCCGUGAAGUGCUCUUUGGAGGCGACGGGAAGAUCAGCUUGACCGUCUCCCAGCUCCUUCAAGAGCAUCAUGGACUCUUCAUGUUCCUUUGUGAGAAAUGUUUUGAGCAUAAACCCAGAAUUAUAAGCAAAAGGAAUAAAGAUAACUCUGCUUCUUGUUCUCACCCUGCUAUGCACGACUUUGAAGAUAACAAGUGCCUUGUCCAUAUUUUGCGGGAAACGACAGUAAAGUAUUCCAAGAUACGACCUUUUCAUGUUCAGUGUCAGCUAGACCUGUGCAGGCACGAAGUUCGUUAUGGCUGUUCGCGGGAUGACGAGUGUUUCUAUGCUCACAGUCUUGUUGAGCUCAAAGUGUGGAUAAUGCACAAUGAGACAGGUAUUUCUCAUGAGGCUAUUGUUCAAGAAUCAAAAAAAUACUGGCAGAAUAUGGAGUCUAAUGUACAUGGAGCACAGGUUCUCAGCAACCAAGUGAAGCCUGGGUCUCUGAAGCUGAAUAUGAAGUUUGUGUGUGCUCAGUGCAGGAGAAAUGGCCAAGUUAUUGAGCCGGACAAAAAUAAAAAAUACUGUAGUGCAAAAGCAAGGCAUCCGUGGACCAAAGAUCGCCGAGUGGUGUUGGUGAUGUCCAAUGAGCGCAAGAAGUGGAUGACGAUUCGCCCCCUUCCCACCAAGAAGCAAGUGCCUUUGCAGUUUGAUCUAUGCAAUCAUAUUGCAUCAGGCAAGAAAUGUCAGUAUGUUGGGAACUGCUCCUUUGCUCACAGUCCCGAAGAGCGAGAAAUGUGGACCUAUAUGAAAGAGAAUGGUAUUCAAGACAUGGAGCAGCUCUAUGAAAUGUGGCUGAAGAGCCAAAAGCCAGAAAAGGGGGAGGAUCCAGCGACUCAAGCCAACAAGGAAAAUGGGAAGCAGAUUCACAUGCCAACAGAUUAUGCUGAAGUUACUGUGGAUUUCCAUUGCUGGAUGUGUGGGAAGAACUGCAACAGCGAGAGGCAAUGGCAAGGCCACAUCUCCUCGGAAAAGCACAAAGAGAAAGUAUUCCAUACAGAAGAUGACCAGAACUGCUGGCAGCAUCGCUUCCCAACAGGCUAUUUCAGCAUUUGCGAUAGGUAUAUGGCUGGUACGUGUGUGGAGGGAAACAACUGUAAAUUUGCACAUGGACCAGCUGAGCUCCGUGAAUGGGAAGAGCGGAGACAUGUUCUAAGAAUGAAACUCAGCAAAGCCAGAAAAGACCACUUGAUUGCUCCGAAUGAUAAUGACUUUGGAAAAUAUAGUUUUUUGUUUAAAGAUUUAAACUAACACUAUAACAAUGCAUUUGUGUUGCCAGAUGGAAGCAUAAAAUCAGAAUUUGACAAUAAUCAAAAGCAUGUGACCGAAGCUGCAGAUUUUCUGCUUUUAUUGGCCUGUCUUGUUCCUCCUGAAGAACAAAAUGUAGUAGAUGUGUAGCGAGGGGGGGAGUCAGCAGGUCUGUCUGUGCUCUCAUGAAACAGAAUGGUGAAGUCCUAAUAAAAACACAGCCUGAAGUCUUAAUGUGCGUAUUCACCUUCUGUUGGACAGAAGAAAGUUGGAAAAUAGCAGGAGGGGGGUGUUGUGAUGUCUGGGGAGCCUCUAGCGUUGGUCCUUCAGCUGAAACUUUUUAUGGUAAGCUUCUUAAGAACAGAUGCCUCAGGCUCAAGAAAAUGAUGGAUGGAAAUUCUUCAGAUGUUUUAAUGGAGAGGAUUUGUUUAAAACAAGUUUGCUAUUUAUCUCUAUGUAGGUUGCUUAAUAAAAGAAUUUUCUUAUUAAAAAAGAUUUUAAGCAAAAUAACCAUUUAACUACAAUAUAUGUUGAAUGGGGUAUUUUUCUCUAUUUGUAUGUUUCAAUAUAAUUUACUGAAAAGGAUCUUGGAAGAAAGACACGUAUUACUUUUUGAAAAUCAAGUAGUUUAAAAAUUUGUUUCUUGAUCUUUGCUGUUUAAAUGAUGAUUUUGAAAGAUUCCACUUGUAUGUCAGUAUUGUGUAUUGUAUGGACCAAUAUUGCCUGUAAUAAAGAUAACUUUACAUAAA